ACUCGUCGUUGGAGUGGUGUUCCUACCUCUCAGUCUCGGCCUACAGCAGCAUCUGUAUCAUCUUCUUCUAGUGCUGUCCAGAGCGAUGCUGCUCCUACUACUACUCCUGCUCCCAUUUCUAUACCAUCUACUAUUGCUCCUGCUACAGUUUCUGUGCCUCUUACUAGCACUACUCCAGUGCUUGUUGCAGUUACUACAGUAGGUCCCCUUCCUUCUAUUUCUGCAUCUACUGAGGGUGGUAACGCUUAUGCUUCACAUCGACUUCGUAUCUAUAUUCAGUCGGGCAGAUUUGUACCACAUGGUCAUGCAAUUUCUAAAUUUAUCACUGAGAAAAUGAAGGAGAGACAGUAAAAAGAAGGAUAUACAUGGUCCAAAAUUGAUAAGCACACGCAUGAUUUUUAUUGGAGAGAAUUUAAGAAAAAAUAUUAUUGUCCCCCAGAAGAAGAGGAAACUAUUAAAGAAGUUUGGGAAAAAGUCUCUCGAUGUCAAUAUAGCCGCAAUUUAUGUAGGUGGCACAAGUAUUAUGAAGAGACUAGUAAGAAGCCUGUUUGGGUUGAGGAUGAAGUUUGGAAUAAAUGGCUUGAAUACUGGAAUAAAGAUGAAUUCAAGCAUAAGUCUAGGCAGGCCUCUAACAAUCGGCGUAGCGAGACAAGAGGUGAAGGGAACGGAAUGAGCAGGCAUAUAGGAGGUUCCAAAUCGUUUGUUGAACAUGCUAUAGAUUUGAGUAAGUCACUUCAGAAGCCACCUACAGCAUUUGAUAUCUUCUGCAAGACUCAUAUUAGUAAAGAAGGAAAAGGUGUUGAUUCACGAGCACAAGUAGUUUAUGACACCAUGCAAAAGAUGGUUGAGACUGUUUCUCAGCCAUUAUCAGAUGGUUCACAGCCUUCCCCACAUAAUAUGGAUGUUAUAUUCUUGGAGGCUUCUGGUGAAGAAAAGAAAAGGAGAGUUUAUGGUCUUGGAUCACAAGCAUCAAGCUUGUAUCAAGAGUCAUUUUGUAGUGGUGCUACAUCAGCUCCCCCACCACCUUUAGCACCUACUAUUCCCCCAAAGAUCAUUUCUGAGAUGGAUGGCAUGAAGAAGAAGAUGGUUGAGUUGGAGCAGCAAAAUCAUAACUUGAUCCAACAGAACCAGACCAUGUUUAGACAGAUGCGCCGUGAGUGGAGGCAUAUGAGAAUGAUGAUGCAAUCUGGAUUGUCACCUAAUGGUCCAGGUCAGAGUUCUCAGCAUUAGGAGCAGGAUGAAGAGUAGGAU